CUUACCUGUUUUUAUUUUCCUGGAUUUAGUUUUGUUCCUUUUUCUCUUCUGCCUUUGCUUCACAACACACAUACCUAUCUCUCUCUCUCUCUCUCUCUCUCUCUGCGUCUUACUUUGAGCAUGUUUGUUUCUUCAAGAACAUUCAUAACUCAACUUCUCUCUCUUCUCUUCCUUAUAUUCCUCUUCAAAGCUCCUCUUUAACUUCUUUUUUUUUUUUUUCCUCUUUAACUUCAUCCCUAUCACUUUUUUCUUUUCUUCUGAGAUAUAGAGAGAGAAAUUGAGGAAAAUAAUAUCAAAUCUUUCAGACACCCUUUUGACUUCUUUGCUCAAAGAAUCCCUCUUUUAUAUUAGAGAAUAUCAUUUUUAAAUUCAGAAGCAAAACCCUCAAGAGAAAUAAACAAAAGAAAACUCAUCACCCACCCUCAUCAUUCAUCACCAUCAUCAGUAGCAACAACAAUAAUAAGAGGAGGUUUCUUGAAGGUUGUCUUAACUAUUUCCAUGGAAGGAGUUUUUCUAGAGAAACCAAAAUCAAACACUACAACUCUCCCUGAUCUUUCUCUCAACAUCAGUCUUCCAGAUAUUACUUCCAAAGAACAUUAUAGAAGACCAUCCCAAACCGACAACAACAGAUCAUCAAACUUCGAGCUCUCCUUGUCUCAUCACCAUAACCCUAGUUCAAAUCCAACCACAAGAAUCAUCCAUUGUCCUGAUCCAAGAAACCUAAAUCUUCCUCAUCAUCAGCAUUACAACAACCCUAUCCUGAAUGGUGGAAGUCUUCAUCAAAGAGUCAAUGAAUCAGAUAUUAACAAUAUCCACCGUCCGAUUAGAGGCAUCCCAGUCUAUCAGAACCGUUCAUUCCCUUUCCACCAACAAACCUCUUUACCUUCUCUUGGAGGAGGAGGAGACUUGGAUCAAAUCUCAAUAUUAAACUCAUCUUCCGGCUAUAACAACGCUUACCGGUCGUUACAGUCUUCUCCAAGGCUAAGAGGUGUUCCUUUGCAUCAUCAUCAUCAUCAUAAUCAUUAUGGAGUUGUUGGAUCUACGGACUCUUCUUCUCCUCAUCAUCACGGGAUGAUCAGAUCAAGAUUCUUGCCUAAGAUGCCGACAAAACGGAGCAUGAGAGCUCCGAGGAUGCGUUGGACGAGUAGCCUCCACGCGCGGUUUGUUCAUGCCGUUGAGCUUCUAGGCGGCCAUGAAAGAGCAACUCCGAAGUCGGUUCUUGAGCUCAUGGAUGUUAAGGACUUGACUCUAGCUCAUGUAAAGAGCCAUUUGCAGAUGUAUCGAACUGUUAAGACCACUAACAAGCCUGCUGCUUCAUCAGAUGGGUCAGGAGAAGAAGAAAUGGGUAUAAAUGGAAAUGAUGUUCAUCAUCAAUCAUCGACAGAUCAAAAGGCACAAUCUGACGAUACUUCUCCCCAUCAAGAAAUUGACUUUCCUUCCACACAACCUCGUUGGAGUAACUCUUCACGAGAGACAUGGCCAUUAAGUAAUAACUACUCAAGCGACGUAGAUACGAUGAUCAGAACGUCAUCAACAUCGGUGAUCUCUCACCAUCAAAGAUCCAUCCUUCAAAAUCAGGAGCAACAACGAUCGAGCGAUCAAACAAAGAGGUGUGGAGAUCUUAGUUGUAACAAUCCAAGUUUGGAGUUUACAUUAGGAAGACCCGAUUGGCACGAGAAAUGA